GAGAGAGAGAGAGAGAGAGAGAGAGAGAGAGAGAGAGAGAACGCGAGCUUGUGAGCGCGCACGCGUGGGGGGGCAGUGUGCAUGCGGGGAGUGCGGGGGAGUGUGUUUGUGUGUGCGUGUGGAUGUGAGUGCCUGGUUCCCUCCCUCUGAUACACACACACACACACACACACACACACACACACACAAGCUCGUCUGAACUUGAAGACAUCUCACAAUCCAAGAGGCUGCAGGUUCCUGGGGAUGCCCUGGUUUCUUCAAUCAGGAAAAUCCUAACCUCGCCUUCCUAGAAGGGAUUAUCUUUUCUUUCCUUUUUUCCCUUUAUUAUUAUUUUUUUAAUCUGGAAGAGAAGAGCACAAGUUGUACUCCCCCUCCCGCCUCUUCUUGCUAAAUGCCAUGGAUAUAACUGAAUAAGCUGCUCAGGGCUCUCCCCGCGUGGAUGGUCCGAAGCCACCAUCUGCCUGCCUUCGCUGGAUCGCUGGAGUGGAGAGCUUAGUGUGAGCCUAUCUUCAGCCAGGAAGGAUGCGUGGCCGAGCCAGGGAGCCCGGGCGCCCUGCGGAGCCGGCCUCGGAGCCUCCCAGCCGCGGGUAGAUGCCGCCUUGCCCAGAUCCCGCCAUGGCUCCAGGUCUCCUCCAGGGAAAACACAAUGUUCUCUCUGAAGCCUUGCAUGGCCACGGCUACCCCAGUAACCCCCUGACCCUGCUCCUCAUGCUGCCACAGCUGUCCGGGCAUGCCAUGCACCCUAUUUUACAGCUGAGGCCGACGGAUGAAGAGAAGUCAGGUGCCAAGGCUGAGUGACCAGACCAUGGAGACUCUGCUUGGUGGGCUGCUGGCUUUUGGCAUGGCGUUUGCUGUGGUCGAUGCCUGCCCCAAGUACUGCGUCUGCCAGAACCUGUCUGAGUCACUGGGGACCCUAUGUCCCUCCAAGGGGCUCCUCUUUGUGCCCCCUGACAUUGACCGGAGGACGGUGGAGCUGCGCCUGGGUGGCAACUUCAUCAUCCACAUUGGCCGCCAGGACUUUGCCAACAUGACAGGACUGGUGGAUCUGACCUUGUCUAGGAACACAAUCAGCCACAUCCAGCCCUUCUCCUUUCUGGACCUCGAGAGUCUCCGAUCCCUGCACCUCGACAGCAACCGACUGCCCAGCCUUGGGGAGGACACGCUCCGGGGCCUGGUCAACCUGCAGCACCUUAUCGUGAACAAUAACCAGCUGGGUGGCAUCGCUGAUGAUGCCUUUGAGGACUUCCUGCUGACGUUAGAAGAUCUGGACCUGUCCUACAACAACCUCCACGGACUACCCUGGGAUUCUGUACGGCGCAUGGUCAACCUCCACCAACUGAGUCUGGACCACAACCUGCUGGACCACAUCGCCGAGGGUACCUUUGCAGACCUUCAGAAGCUGGCCCGCCUGGACCUCACGUCCAAUCGGCUGCAGAAGCUGCCCCCAGACCCCAUAUUUGCCCGCUCCCAGGCCUCCUUGCUGACCGCCACGCCCUUUGCCCCGCCCCUGUCUUUUAGUUUUGGGGGAAACCCACUGCACUGCAAUUGUGAGCUUCUCUGGCUGCGGAGGCUGGAGAGGGAUGACGACCUGGAGACCUGUGGGUCCCCUGGAGGCCUCAAGGGUCGCUAUUUUUGGCAUAUUCGUGAGGAGGAGUUUGUAUGUGAGCCACCUCUGAUCACACAACACACACACAAGCUGCUGGUUCUGGAGGGCCAAGCAGCCACUCUCAAGUGCAAGGCCAUUGGGGACCCUAGCCCCUUGAUCCACUGGGUCGCCCCUGAUGACCGCCUGGUGGGGAACUCCUCCAGGACUGCUGUAUAUGACAACGGCACCCUUGACAUCCUUAUCACCACCUCUCAGGACAGCGGGGCCUUCACCUGCAUUGCAGCUAACGCCGCAGGAGAGGCCACGGCCUCAGUGGAGGUCUCCAUUGUCCAGCUCCCACACCUCAGCAACAGCACUAGUCGGAUGGCGCCUCCCAAGUCUCGCCUUUCAGACAUCACGGGCUCCAGCAAGACCAGCCGGGGAGGGGGAGGCAGUGGGGGUGGGGAGCCUCCCAAAAGCGCCCCAGAGAGGGCUGUUCUUGUGUCCGACGUAACCACCACAUCUGCCCUGGUCAAGUGGUCUGUCAGCAAGUCAGCUCCCCGAGUGAAGAUGUAUCAGCUGCAGUACAACUGCUCCGACGACGAGGUACUGAUUUACAGGAUGAUCCCAGCCUCCAACAAGGCCUUCGUGGUCAACAACCUGGUGUCCGGGACGGGCUACGACUUGUGUGUGCUGGCCAUGUGGGACGACACAGCCACGACCCUCACAGCCACCAACAUUGUGGGCUGUGCUCAGUUCUUCACCAAGGCUGACUACCCACAAUGCCAAUCUAUGCACAGCCAGAUCCUGGGGGGCACCAUGAUUCUGAUCAUCGGGGGUAUCAUUGUGGCCACCCUGCUGGUCUUCAUCGUCAUCCUCAUGGUCCGGUACAAGGUUUGCAACCACGACACCCCAGGCAAGAUGGCAGCAGCCACUGUCAGCAAUGUGUACUCACAGACCAACGGGGCCCAGCCUCCACCUCUGGGUGGCGUAUCUGUCGGGCAGCUUCCUCAGGCACCACCCAAGGUUGUGGUGCGUAAUGAGCUGAUGGACUUCAGUACCAGCCUGGCCAGGGCCUGUGACUCUUCUUCCUCCAGCUCCCUGGGAAGCGGGGAAGCUGCAGGCCUGAGCCGGGGUCCCUGGAGGCUCCCACCCCCUGCUCCUCGCCCCAAGCCCAGCCUGGACCGCUUGAUGGGAGCCUUUGCCUCCCUGGACCUCAAGAGUCAAAAGAAAGAAGAACUUCUAGACUCCAGGACUCCAGCAGGCAGAGGGGCAGGGACGGCGGCCAGGGGCCACCAUUCAGACCGAGAGCCACUCCUGGGGCCCCCGGCCACCCGUGCCAGGAGCCUUCUCCCUUUGCCCCUGGAGGGCAAGGCCAAAAGAAGCCACUCUUUUGACAUGGGAGACUUCUCAGCUGCAGCCGCAGCUGCUCCUGGUGGCUACAGCCCCCCUAGGCGGGUCUCAAACAUCUGGACGAAGCGCAGCCUGUCUGUCAAUGGCAUGCUCUUACCCUUUGAGGAGAGUGACCUGGUGGGAGCCCGGGGGACAUUUGGCAGCUCAGAGUGGGUAAUGGAAAGUACUGUGUAGCCGGGGCAGGAUCACCCUUCCUCCCAUUCUCAGUGGGAGAGGAAGGGGACAGAGUCAGCACUGGAGAUUGUUUGUGGAGUUUCCAUGGUGAUGUUUACAUCCAGGGACAGUCUUGUCUCCCUGUCAGCCUCAUGUCCUUCUGCCCAGCUGCACCCUUUCCCCACGUCACCUUCCCAGGCCUGUCCCCACCACCCAGCGGGGUGUGCUCAGGGAAUGGGACUCGCUCAAGUGUCAGACUGAGCCCUGAGUGUUUGGAGAGGCCACACACUGCCUCUCUAUUCACAAAUGUAGCGACAAGCAAGCGGCUUCGGAUUGCUCAUGGAUCCAGUGUUGUUUUGAUUUCUUAAUUUAUUUUUCCAUUUCCCAGACUCCUCUUCGUUCUUCUGGAUAAUCGAGAGUGUCCUCCACUUGUGAAAGUGUGUUCCCAGCAGGCAGGAGGGAUGGGGUGAGGGUGGGGUGGGAGUCAACAAGACUCUCGCUCGGUGUUCUGUUGAACCCCCUGACCAGAGACCCCAUAACCCUUCCCCAGCCCUAUAGCCUGCCCUGGGUGUGUGAAUGACCCAGUUUUCUGUUUCCCAGACACGACACCCACACUCAGCAGAACAGACUGAGUUAGAAAGUUAACCCCAAGCUACAGGGAGGCCUGAGAAAGGGCUUUGUGGCGGGGGGUGGGGGAGUGGAAGGGAUCUUACUUUGAGGAUGUGGCCCCUUUUCCUGGGAAUCUGCAUGACCUGUGCUGAUCAAAAGGACUCUAGGUAAAGCAGAUGAGGCAUUAGGGGGGCACCUUAGACUAUCAGGCUGGUUUCUGGAACCAUGAGAAUAGGCCACUGGAUGACAUGGAAAAGGCUGCCUCUCUCUUUGGACCACCUGGCAAAGCCCUUGGAAGGUUCUGGAAGGCUUCCAAAGAUGAACUAGCCCUUCACAAUUCUAGGUGAUAACCUGAGUGAAACACAAGCCUCUGGGGCUGUCCCUACCCUCCCAUGGCACAACGGGAAUAUGCUAGAAGUUUGAAGCAGACGCUGAAUCCUCUUUAAAACAUUCUUCCAGAGAGCUUGGGAGGAUCUGGGAUCAACCCAUCCUUAAAUUGUCCUCCCUCUCCCCGGAGCACAGCGCUUGCCUAAUGUGACCAAGCCAGAGCAGAGGCCAAGGCUACCUACCUCCUGGGGAGGUUUUUCUACUCCAUGAUCCUGUCUUCCCCCCAAUUAGGGUAGUUCUGUGCAGUUUGUACCUUUCAUGUUCCUUAAGGUGAUGGAUCAAGGUGCUCACGGCAGGGUGAGGGGUGCCUUCUCAUGGUUCCCUGUGGAGUAUUUGUCCACGGAGGUAAUGGAAUAGGAGCAGAAGGCCAUCUUGGCUCAUGCACGUCUGGGCGUGAACCCCGCCCCUCCUCCCACACAUCUGGGGACAGCUGCUUUAGACAAAGCACCAGCCUGCCCAGCCUGCCUCUGUCAUGCCUUGGCUCUGUCUCCUGCCUGCCAGCUCUCUCCUCAGAGCCAAACACUACCUCUCCCUCUUCUCUGUCUUCCUAACUCAAUCAUUCGGUCUAGCCUGUACUCCCUUCUUCUACAUGCCAGUCACAUGGCCUACAAAGCAGAACAGUGAGAAAGUUCUGAGGGAUUCAGGGCUGGUGCUGAGCUGCUGGGCCUCAAGCCCCGCCAAGCACACACAGCGGUGACACUGUCUCUGCAGGUGACGCUGUGGCCCGGCCAUGCCUGCACCCUCUUUCCUCCCUCCUUUCUCUUCUCCGUGCCCUGCUGCUGCCCCCUUUCCUGCCUGUCCUCUGUCUUCCCACAAAUCAUUUGCCAGUUCUGAUAAACUCACCCGAACACCA